AAUUUUCAAGCACUGCCAACGCGAUCUCUGAGCUUGGUGAUCAUUUGUUGCGUGACCCUUCACAAUGACCACUGGGACACUGCUCUUACGCCGUUGUGCCUUGCGGCCAGCUCGGCGUUCUGUAUUUAAGGUUCGAGGAUUAUCCUCCACGCCUAUCGCUUCCGCCGAUGCCACUGUCAUUGGCGUCUAUCAAGAUGGCAACAUCACCGCCAACGCUUUCGCAGGGCAAGGCGCCAAAAUGCCGUCCCAAGCCGUUGAUUCCAUUGUGUCCCAAUUAAAUAUCUCAAGGUUCCAAGGGAAGAACAACGAAGUACGACUACUUUAUGGAUUGGAGGGAGCGCCUUCACCGAUCGUGGGAGUUGUCGGUCUCGGAAAGCGAUCCCAAGACAAUAAUGAGAAUGCCGAGACGGCUAGAUUGGCGGCGUCCGCUGCCCUCUCUGCUAUAAAGCGCCUAUCUCCAAAGUCGCCGAUAUCCGUAGAAUUUGAUGCUCUCGGUAGUUCACUUGCCACAGCAGAGGGUGCUACUCUGGGCACGUAUGACUUCACUCGGUACAAGGAGGAGAAAGCGGCGCCAGUUACCAUUUCCUUACGAGAAGAGCAUGCGGCUAGCGAGGACUGGCAUGUGGGCUCGGUGAAUGGUCAAGCCCAGAACCUGGCGCGGACUCUCGCCGAAACACCCGCGAAUCUCCUAACUCCAACGCUCUUCUGCGACCGGGCCAAGGAGCUAUUUGCUGGCCAAUCAUCGGUCGAGCUUGCGGUGCAUGACAAAGCAUGGGCGGAAGAACAACAGAUGGGUGCCUUCCUGGGUGUUGCCCGCGGGUCGGAGGAACCACUACGGUUUCUUGAGAUUAUUUAUCGUGGUGGGAAUGAGCAGGAUGCUCCUGUUGCCUUGGUAGGUAAAGGGGUUACAUUUGACUCUGGAGGCAUCUCUAUCAAACCGUCGACGGACAUGGCGCUGAUGAAGGGAGAUAUGGGUGGGGCCGCCGCGGUCCUCGGUGCAAUGUGGGGCAUCACCCAACUACGCCCACAGGUUAAUGUCGUGGCCGUGAUACCUUUGACAGAGAACAUGCCUUCUGGCAGAGCAACAAAGCCGGGUGAUCUCGUUCGUGCGAGGAAUGGUAAAACCAUCGAAGUGGACAACACAGAUGCAGAGGGUCGCUUGAUAUUGGCAGAUGCCAUCCACUACGUCACCGAGACAUACACACCGCAUACUGUCGUCGAAUUAUCUACCUUGACUGGGGCUAUGGAUAUUGCCCUUGGCGAAGGCUACGCUGGCGUGUUCAGCACAUCGGACACGUUAUGGGAGCAACUGGAGAACGCGGGUAAAACCACCGGCGAUCGGUUCUGGAAGAUGCCUAUGGAUGACGUGUACAAGAAGCAGCUGAAAAGCAACGUUGCUGACUUGAAGAAUGUUGGAGGGCGCUCGGCUGGGUCAUGUACUGCCGCUGUUUUCUUGAAGGAAUUUGUUCCCGGGCUUCGCAAAGCUGACGAAGGGAUUUCAUCGGGAGAUUCUACUGUUCGAUUUGCGCAUAUAGACAUUGCCGGAGUCAUGCACAAGAAAGGAGGAGACGGCUAUAUUAGCAGUGGCAUGACAGGACGGCCCACAAGGAGCAUUAUUGAAUUUGUCCGUUCAAUUUCCAAAUAAUAGAUUUUUUAGUCUCUGUUGCCAUCACUGACUGUCCAUUACGAUUUCUUUUGUUUAUAUUUCAAACUAAGCCCUGCACGUCACACACCCGUGACCGCUCGUGAUCCUC